AUGAAAGAGACUAUUUCCAAAAAAUUAGAUAAACGAUGGAGUAAACUUGUGUUGGAUGUGGAGAACGAACCAACACAUGCCACCACAAACACUACAACUACUACGACAAAUUCGAACAAACCACUCCUCAUUGUUUUCUUUUUCGAGGAAGGAGAUAUUCCAAUUCAAAAAAAUUCACGCAGUCGUCGUCGAAAAGCAAGUGAAAAUAAGUCAUUCAAUCUGGACGAGUUUUACGACCAAAAAUCAAGUGAUGAAAUAUUAAAUAAUCAGUUAUUAAAUGAUCAAAAGUUAAAUGAUCAAGAAUUCGUUUGUGAAGAAUUAAAUGAAGGAAUAAAAACAAUGAUACUUACGAAUGAUUCACCGCCAUUGACAGUAAAUCGAUCAAUAGGUGAUGAUAAAUCUCCAUCGAAGAAUAACUCACCAGCAUUGGAAGCAAAUCAAUCCAUGGCUCAUCAUAAAUCUCCGCUGAAGAAUGAUUUUACUAUGACAAAUGUUCUUGCACCAUUAGAUAACUUAAUAACGAAUAAUACAUCGAUGGAUGGUUUGAAUUACGAUGAUCCCACAGAUCAUUAUUUAACCAAAUUACGAAAAGAAAAUGAUUUAUUAAUGAAACAGUUCGAUGACAGAAUAGAUCAAUUUCAAACAAAAAUUAAGAAAACCAUCGUGCAGUUGAAGCAAAUGAAUUAUGAUUUGAAACAAUUGGUAAUCGAAAAAGAAAAUAAACAAAAUGAGUUUGUUUUUCUCUUGAACGAACAUAAACGUUUUGCCAUAACAAAGAAAUUGAAUCAAAAUCGACGUAAGCCGGUGAAAAGAAUUAAGAAUGCCAUUGGCGAUGAACGAUCGUCAGUAUGGAUGAUUAUUGUCGAGUUUUUGAAAGUUGAUGUCGAUUGUAUGCAUAACGUUAGUUGGUUUCAUUAUUCACUGAUCAAAUAUAUGAACUUGAAAAUCGUAUUUUAUCUGAUUUGUGUAAUCGACUUCGAUCCAGCCUUGUCUUUUAAACUUGGCUUCACAGCAGAACAUGCGAUAAAAGAAACAAACAACAAUUAUGCAAUGACAAUUGGCACCAUAUUCAAAUGUCCUCUGCUAAAGUUUUUCUAUUUAUUUUGUGAAACGAACCACUGUAUUGGUGACAUUGAAGUGCAUCCAANUCUAAUUCAAGCAGCUUCGCUAUGUUGCCUUUCAUCUUUAGCUAUUCCUAUUCAGCGAAGUACUAAUAUAGAUACAGUAUGGAUGUCGGUCAUGAAAUUACCAGCUCUAAAACAUUUGAGGGUGACUUUUAAAGGUAAAUUUCAUUUUUAUUUACCAUUCAAGACAGCAACGAUCACAAGCUCUAUCGAACAUCUGAUCAUCAAUGGUGAAAUCGAUUGUUCUGAUGUCGAUUCUGUUUUAUCGUGCCUUCCUCGCCUUCGUCGCUUGGCAAUUAAUCAUGUGUCUACUCGCUGCAGAUUUCUGACAUAUCCUUUUACGUCGAUAUUAAGUGGUCUAACUCAUGUUUCUCUUCAUCUAACUGGAGUAACAUUUGAUCAAUUCGAAAGUUUUGCCAAAGCAUGUCUCGGUCUAGUCAAAGUUUUGCGUCUCACAUCAAACGAUGACACGACUUAUUUGGACGCUGACAGAUGGCAAAAACUAAUCGAAAAUCACAUGUCUUCUUUGCAAAUUUUCGAUAUUCAAUAUAAGUAUGCAGCUUAUACUAUACGGAAACGUGCAUGUUUGAAACAACACUUGUUGAACAGUUUCGAAUCACAGUUUUGGUUUGAACGAAAAUGGUUUUUCACAUAUGAAAUCAACUACGAAGGUUCAUCACAUGGAAUCGUCUAUUCAACCAAACCUUACACACGGAAGAGUUUCACAAUAGCUGAUGAGUCAGAUUCAACCGAGAACAUCCAAAAUGAGAAAACUCUAUUUCCCACUGUCGAACGUGUAAUGGUUUAUGAUGAGAAACAGAUUGAGUAUUGCUCGAAAUAUUUUCCAAAUGCUACUGAGUUGACCAUUUCUGACCAACGAAUCGACCGUUCGCGGCGAUCUGCUAUAAUCAGCAUCGCUGAUAUCGUUCCAUUGGAUCAACUCACUAAAUUAACGAUUGCUUAUUCUCAUCGACCGUUUAGUAAAGUAAUUGAGCUCUUGUCGUCCACACCCAACGUGCAUACAUUAGUCUUCAAAUCUAUCACGAUCGUUGCAACAGAUUAUUCUGAUUUACAACAAACCAAGCAGUUUCAAUUAGUGACCAGUCAAAACAAGAUUAAAGCGUUGACUGUUUCGUUUAUUUAUUCAUUCAGGACUAUUCAACUCUUCGUUAAUCUUUGUCCAAGACUACAGUACAUUUCUAUGGGCACAACGGAAACGCCUUUGGAGCAAAUAAUUCGAUUUUUAUUAGGACAAACGAAGAAACCGACUUGUUGCCUAUCAGCAAUAAGAGUUUCUGAUGUCAAUGCAGUAGUUAGCGACAAACUAAAAGCGAUCAUAGAACUCGAACAACUGCUUGACAAUUUUGCAAUAAAAACUAUUGAAAAUGAUUUUUUUCUCUGGUGGUAG